AUGUCUCAACAGCGGAACACUGUCGCAAUAAAUCGGAGCUUAUGGGUGAGUUGGAAUUUCGGGCAAAAAAUGAUUUUUACUUUUCCAAAAAUUGCAAAAUUAGUCCUCCAAUUUCCAGCUCCUCCUCUUCUCCGCAAUUUUGGUGCACGCCGACUCCCGCAACAGCAAUGUCCCUCAGGCAAAGUCGCCGCCGUUGCCGGCGCCCAAAAUCCAAACCAUCGAUGGGCACAGCGAGACCUCGGCGAAGGCCAUGCAUCAUCUAAUGCAGCAUCAGGAACGAAUGAAGCUUCAGACUUUGAACAAACAAACAGCUGUUGUAAACAAUGGCCAGACCGGCAAGAAAGCGCCAAUCAAGAAUUCGAAUCAGUUGAAUCAGAAGGGCGCUUCUGAAGGCCUUCCGGCAUCGUUUAGACAAGCGACGCAGCCUUCGGGGAAAGGUGAGAAAUAUCUUUUGAUGAAGGUGUUUUGAUUUUUUGAGACAUUUUAUACGACAAAUUUGAAAAAUUUUAAAAAAGUAUCAAAAAGUAUCAAUAAUCAGAAAUGAGACUUUUUUUGUUUGAAACGUUAUUUGGUGGAGGUAUUUUGAUUUUUUGAGACAUUUUAUACGACCAAAUGUUUCAAAUCACCAAAAUUUUGGAAAGGUAUCAAAAGCUAUCAGUGAUCACUUUGGACGCUUUUUGCUAAUUUUUUUGAAAGCUUGUUUGGUGGAGGUAUUUGAUUUUUUUGGGACAUUUUAUACGGUCAAAUCUUCAAAAGCAUCAAAAUUUCUAAAAAGUAUCAAAAAGCAUCAAUAGUCAAAAUUGAGAAAAAAAAAUUUGUUUGAAAUUUCACUACAUUUUGAUCUUUUGUGACAUUUUACACGAACAAAAAUUUGGAAAAAGUAUCAAAAGUGUUAAUGACCAAAGGUGGGAAAAAAAUUUUUGCCUUAAAAAUUUGUCCGGUAGAGACAUUUGAUUUUUUGUGACAUUUUAUACGAUCAAUUCAAAAAAUUUUGAAAAGUAUCAUAGAGUAUCAAUGAUCACUUUUGCCGUUUUUUCCUUUUUUGUUUCUGAUGGUAUGUAGAAAACCUCGAACCCACCAUAUAACCAAUUUAUUGUAAUUUUUACUCAUAUUCUUCAAUUUCCAGACAAAUCCGCAACCGGCAGUAAAGCGCACGGCUACCAGACCCAACAAUACGCCUCCACUGGUGGUUGUGCGGGCGGACAAUGUGCGAAUGGCGUUAAUGGCGCCUACGGAGGCCAGGGAUACUCGAGUGUGGACUACAAUCCAUUGUUGGCGGGAGGUGUGCGCGGAGGGCCCGGAAUCAAGGCGAGGAUCAAUUCGCGUGGAUUCCAGUACGCUUCGGCCUUGAUUGCUCCGAUUUUGGAUCAAGCAAUCCGCAAAGCGAGAAUCCCACCGAUCACACAGAGAAUCGCAGAGGUAGGUUGAGAUUUUUUGAUGGAAAAAUUUGGAAAAUAUAAAUGAUAUUAGAAAAAUGACGAUUUUUUUGUUAUUUUUGCUAUAUCUUGUAAGAAAAUUAAUAUUUUUUCUUGAAAGUCAUACCAAGUGAGGCUAUAUGGCCUCUACUUUUUAUCUUUAUAAGUUUUUUGAAAAUGGCCUUGAAUUUUCGAAGGAAAAAUUUGGAAAAAUCUGAAAAAUAUGGAAAAAUGCCAUUUCUUCUUAUUUUUGCCAUAUCUCAUCGGGAAAUUCAUAUUUUUUCUUAAAAGAUCUACUAGGAUAGUCUAUAAGACCUUGGCUUUACAGUCAUAUGGGUUUUUGGAAACUUCUCUGCGCUAAAGUACGACUUUUUUUAAGAAAAACGGCUGUUUCCUUGAACUUUCGAGCUCUUGAAGACUUUUAUUUUUCCUGAAACCCUUCGGGCAUAAAAUAUUUUUUCACUGAUUUAUCCAAACAAUAGCAUCCAUGACGGUUAAGUUGAUAUAUCAUUUAGCAUGAUCCAUCAACUGUAUCAAAAGAUACGAUCAAAAUAAAAUUGCCACCUUUUACUGAAAUUCACAAAAUUUCAAAAUCAUCAUCCCGUAUUUUACCCGCAAUUUUUUCAGGUAAAUGGUUGUAUUCAAGUCUACAAUCUCUACGUUAGUCGCUACCGUUGCCCUCAACGAGUUGUCCUUUAUCCAGCGCCUCCAAAUCAAAUUGUUUUGGCUGUCCAGAAUCUGGAUGUUGGGUAAGUUGAUAUUAUGGCUUUUUGCGGUGUCAUCAUUAUACGUAUAUUGCAAAGAAAGUUAUAGUUAGCGCAAAUUUCAAUACAAAAGUUUUCAUCGACACUCUUCGAUACUUUUUGCGGAAAAAUUUAGAAAAAUUUAUUUUUUCCACAUAUUACUCCUAUUUUUUGAGCCACUUCGUAUUUUACCCUCCAACUUUCAGAGUGACCGGAAACUUGGCCGGAACGGCCAACAUCUUGAUCCCAAUUCCAAUCAGUGGAAUCAUCGAGGUGAACGCGCAUCAAGUCUCGAUUACCGUGGCGUUGGUUGUGGAUCGCGCGGCUAGCGGUGGAAUUAGUUUGAGAGUUGCAAGUUGUCAAGCCUACAUCGGAUACCUUGAUGCGUACAUCGUGAAUGGCGGUCUGAUCGGCGAUUUGGCCAAUGGAAUGUUUAGAGUGAGCGUUUGGUGGGGGUUUUAGGGGUUGUUGCGGAAUGCCAAGAAUUUGAAAAUUUUGGCGGGAAUUGAAAUUAUUGAAAUUUUUUAAGAUUUUUGAGCUAGCUGUGAUUCUGUAAAGGAUUUUGACUAAUUCAACAUUUCUUGUGAAAUUCCUGACCUUUGCAACGGAAUGCCAAGAUUUUUUGAAGAGUGCCAAAUUUGGCGGGAAAUUUGAAUUUUAAAAGAUUUUGUGAAGAAAACCGUGAAAAUUUUCACGUCAUUUGACAGUUUUUGACAUUUUACAACACUUGAAACAGAAUGCCAAAAACUUUAUUUUUGGCGGGAAAUUUGAACUUAAAAAGAUUUUGGGUGGAAAUUCAAAGAAUCUCUAAUUUUUACGUCAUUUUGACUGUUUUUGAUAUUUUACAGCACUUGAAACAGAAUGCCAAAAAUUUUAUUUUUGGCGGGAAAUUUAAAUUUCCAAAUUUUUGCUCGUUCAGGUAUCUAACACAAUAUCCGAUUUAACUAACAUAAGACCACUCUUUUCAGGGCCGAAUUUCCAGCCAAAUCCAGCAAAUGUUGCCGGGCGAGCUCUGCAACCGACUGCCCGGAAUCCUCGACUCGGAAGUCAACUCCAAACUCGGCGCCAUUCCUCAGUCCAUCUCGUUGACGCAAAUCCUGAAUGCGGCUGGUGGUGCGCUCGGAAUUCAGAACCUUCUGGCUGGCGCCGCAUCCGGCGGUCAAUGUCCCUCGACCUGUGGUGGAGCUCCAGCUCAAGUGCCAACGCCCGUUGUGGCGCCGCCAGUGCCAGUUGGGCCGGCGCCAGCUCCGUUGCCGCCAGUCGGUGCGGCGUUGCCAUAUCAGGCCGGUCCGGUGGCUAGACCGGUAGCCGGGCCUGUAGGAUUGCCUGUCGGGGCUGCUUUGCCUUAUAAUGUUGGGCCAGCCGCGGUGAGUAGGGAUUUUAAGCAAAAUUUUUGAAGAAAAAGAGAGCUAUGAGCCUUACUUAUAUAGGUGAUAUUUUUGGCUUUAAAACUUCUAUAGCCCUUCUAUUUUCAGCGCGCCGCUCCCAAAGCCCAAUCCAUUCCGAUCCCAACGGACCAUGGCCAUAAUGGAGACAACUUGGCCACACUCAACUCCCGAAAGGUCCAAAGAUACCAUGUGGCGGGAGUCAGUGCUGUGCAGGUAAAUACUUUCGCCCAGCAUUAACAUUUAGCUUCAAACCAGCCAAAAAUUCCGUCUGCAACGAAGCGACAGCUAAAAUUUUCAGCGGUUGAUAGGCGGGCUAGACGGUUUAUCAUGGCUUAGUUUUACGCUACGUCUAGAUGCUUCUAUAUAUUUCGGGUUGCCGUGCGUCUUCUCGGGUCAACAACAGUUCGGUCGAUUUUACUUUGGGUUUCUCCUUGAUUUUUCGUUGUAUGCAUGGCUAGGAGAAGGCAUAGUUAAUAGAAACUGUAAGAUUGUUCGGGCCCUAGGGUAGUUUGUCACCUAUUCUGUGGUAUUUUACAGGUAUUACGGCACUAAUUUCGAGAUAAAACUCACAGGUCUUUGUCUUUUGGAAAAAGUUUUGGUUUUGCUGGGCCAAGUCUCCGCCGAGCUCCAGCAGCUCUUACCGGCUUUGCAGGCACUUCCUACAACCUUGUUUUUUAGCUCUCCCACUUGUAUUGAACUAUAGUCGACCUGAAAUGUCGGGACGCGAAAAUAUUUAUUUAUUCGCCUUUCCAAGCCUCUAAAUUUUCGAAUUUUUCAGCAAGCCCGUCCCCUUCCCCGACCCGAAGGCUUCGACGCUCGCGGCCGCCGGAUCGCCCGCGCCGCCGCUCCAAAAGCAACGAUCCCGGUUGUGGUGGAGAGCCGAAACAAGACCAAAGCCAAAGCCUUUGGAAGUGGAUCUGUGCAGUUUGGCGGAGCCGGUGGUGCCGGUGAUGUUUGCUCUGGUUGCCCAAGCAGCGGCGGUGGAAGUCAGCUGGGAUUCUUGUCGACGCUGGUUCAGUCGUUGGAUUUGGUAAGUAAUUUUUUGGGGGAAACGUAAAAUUUUCAAGUCAAGAAUGUUGAUUUGAGCUACUUUCAGCCUUAGUUUUGUAGUGUUAGAACCUUGUAGGGGGACAUUUUAUACGAUGUGAUGAUUAAAACUUUUUUGAAAAGAUCGAAAAGCGAUGCAUAAAGUAUCUCAGAAUUUAGUCUUCAGCUUUGAGACGAGGUAAAAAGACGAAUUGUUGGCGGAAAUUUAUGUUUGGUGACAUUUUAUACGAUGAAAGCUGCAUUUGUGCAAAACUUAAAAUUUAGCGUAUAAAAUGUCGCCAAUAGCGAAGAUUAAAAUUCUUCGAUUAGAACAAGGUCUUUAGGACAUAUGAAUAAGAUUUUCGGUAAAAUAGACUUUGCUUGAGACAUUUUAUAUGAUGAAAACUGGAUUUGCAUGAAAAUUAAAAUUUUGCGUAUAAGAUGUCGCCAAAGUCUAAAAAAACAAUUACCCAUAAAGGCAAGGUAGUUAGGUCAAACGAAAGCAUUUUCUUUAAUCAUAGUGUCAAAUUAUACGAUGAAUUGCAAAUUUUUUACGAAAUCCAAAAUUUUUCGUAUAAAAUGUCACCCACCAUUUUUUCGUCAAAAAUCGAUAUUUUUAGAACAAACUCAGCACGUUGGCGAUCACCACUCAACUUCUUCAAAGCUACGCCACCAGCAAUGACUACACGAUCGAGAUCAACGGAGAGUUCUCGCCGAAUGGCCAAGGCGGCACUCCGUUCGGCCCAUUCCCCAUGUAUUUCCCGUAUUCGCCGGGCCGCAAAAUGGCCGAAGUGUUGGUCAGCGACUACACCAUCAACUCGCUGUUCUACUGGCUUCAUCGGACUGGAUUCCUGACCUUCCGCAUCGGGCCCGAGACUCCGAAAAUUGGGGAGUUGUUGAGAACAACCUGUGCUGACGCCGACGAAACCCUGGAAGAUCAUGGUGUGGAGGUGGAUGAGGAGCUGAGAAAACGAAGAAGGAAGCAUAAGAGAGAGGCGGGGUAGGUCGAAUAAUUGAAAAAUUAAAAAAAAAAACAAAUUUUGAAAUUUUUUUCGAAAAAUAUGGAUUUUUCAUAAAAAAACGAUGCAGGAAGCAUAAGAGAGAGGCGGGGUAGGUCUGAAAAUUGAAAAAACAAAAAAUUUUUUUUUUUUUGAAAACUGAAAAAUAACAAAAACAACCGAGAUUUUUAGGUCAAAAAAUGGGGAAAAUUAUAAUUUUUUUUACAAGUUUGGGCAAUAAGAAUAUAAAAAAAUGUUUUCCUAAGACGGAAAUUUUCAAAAUUUGAGAAUCGAUUUAAUUUUUUGUACAUUUUUUAGCAAAAAAAAUUUUUUUAUUGCUUUAUUGCAGUCUGUCGGGAAAAUAAUGAGGGCAAUGUCGUUGCGCCGGUUGCAUCGCUGAAACGAAAAAAAAAUCGAUUUUCUCCGCGACACAAUUCAUUUUCUCGGCAGCGAUUCGAUUUUUGGUGCGACAGAGGGCUCAUUAUUUUCCCGACAGACAAAUUACAAAAAAUUUUUAUUUAUUUUUUAAAAUUUUUUUGCUUUAUAUAAUUUGGAAGUAAAAAAAUUAAUAGAUUUUUUUUUAUUUUUUCCCCAUUUUUUUACAUUUUUUUGCAUUUUAUUUUUUUACUUUACAAAUAAAAAAAAUCGAUUUUUCCAAAAAUUUUUCGUAUUUUAAUAAUUUUUUUUCAAUUUCAGACUCUCUCCCUACGACUUCACCAUCAUCCGUCAGAAGCGGCAAGACACCUCGUUGACGGAUCUCGGAAUUUGCUUCGGCGACAUUCUCCCAGCAAUCCGAGAGCGCUACCCCAAUCAACGAAUCGUAAUCGCGAUAAAAACUCGACAAGCACCGUCGAUUCUUUUGUCGCAACGGAAUGGAGGCACUGUGACGUUGGACUUGGUCGCCGACGCCGAAAUUUACAUUGAAUCGACGAAUCAACGAGUUGGGGCCAUCACAAUCUCAGCUGCGGCUGAUAUUGUCGUGUCGACUUAUGGUGAGUUGGUUUGGAAAGUUUAGAAAAAUUUUUUGGAAAAUCGAAAAAGAUAAAAAAAAAAUUAUUUUCGCAAAAUUUAAAAUACGCAAAUUCUUCGCCAUUUCACUAAAUCAAAAAAAAAAUAAAACAAAUAAUAAAAUAAAGAUUUUUUUUUGAUCCAAGAAAACUUAAAAUACGCAAUCUCCUCCGCCAUUUUACUUAAGCAAAAAAAUAAUAAAGAAUAAAAAAAAAACAAAAAAAAAAACAAAAUGAAAAAGAAAAUCAAAAAAAAAAAAAAAAAAAUAAUAAAACAAGAAUUUUUAAUCCAGAAAAAAAAUUUUAUUUUUUUUUCAGCAUUUUUCCAAAGUAAAAAAAAAAUUAAAAACAAAUUCGAAAAAUUCGAAAAAUUCGCAUCAAAAAUUUCUUCAAACAACUUCUCUAAAAAUAUUUUUUUGUCCAGUGAAAAUUUUAAAAUUCGAACCGUUACAUUUAUAUCUUUGUUUUUCAGGUGGCCGGAUCAGUGGAAGCGCUCAAAUUACCCGAUUGCAACUCAAUGAUUACGAAGGUACCCUCGGAUUGCCUCAAGAUGCUCUUGACAACUUGGGUUCGCUGGGAAAAGAAGUCAUCCAGAAGGUAAGGAGGCCUUAGAAUUUUCGGAAAAUAAUUUUCAAAAAAAAAUUUUUUGUUGUCUCACACAGUGCAGUUUACUCUUUUCCGCACGGUGCGGAGCAUUUCGAAACACUUUGCACUGUGCAAGCGUCUGUUGCGACCGCAAAAAAAUAAGCUUGCACCGUGCGUUAUUUCGAUUGCACAGUGCAUUUUUUGCGAACCAUUUUGCACUGUGCAAGCGUCUGUCGCAACCGCACAGUGCAAAAAAGAUCGCUUUUUUCUGCACCCUGCGGAUCUUUUCGAACCAUUUUGCACUGUGCAAGCGUCUGUCGCAACCGCACAGUGCAAAAAAGAUCGCUUUUUUCUGCACCCUGCGGAUCUUUUCGAACCAUUUGCACUGUGCAGAGGUCUGUCGCCACCGCACAGUGCAAAAAAGAUCGCUUUUUUAUGCACCGUGCGGAUCUUUUCGAACCAUUUUGCACUGUGCAGACGUUUGUCGCAACCGCACAGUGCAAAAAAGAUCGCUUUUUUAUGCACCGUGCGGAUCUUUUCGAACCAUUUUGCACUGUGCAAGCUUUGUCGUCAUCGCACAGUGCAAAAAAGAUCGCUUUUUUAUGCACCGUGCGGAUCUUUUCGAACCAUUUUGCACUGUGCAAGCUUUGUCGUCAUCGCACAGUGCAAAAAAGAUCGCUUUUUUAUGCACCGUGCGGAUCUUUUCGAACCAUUUUGCACUGUGCAAGCUUUGUCGUCAUCGCACAGUGCAAAAAAGAUCGUUUUUUUCUGCACUUUGCGGAUCUUUUCGAACCAUUUUGCACUGUGCAGACGUCUGUCGCCACCGCACAGUGCAAAAAAGAUCGCUUUUUUAUGCACCGUGCGGAUCUUUUCGAGCCAUUUUGCACUGUGCAGACGUCUGUCGCAACCGCACAGUGCAAAAAAGAUCGCUUUUUUAUGCACCGUGCGGAUCUUUUCGAACCAUUUUGCACUGUGCAAGCUUUGUCGUGAUCGCACAGUGCAAAAAAUUAAAAAAAAAAUCUUUCAAAUCUCAAUUUUUCAGGCCGCCAACGACGCGCUCCAAAACGGAAUUGCCCUCAACAUUCCCAGUGGAAUUGGUGGACUUCCAAUCAACUUUGUGCAGCCCGAAUUCCACAUUCUGGAGCAUGCGUUGCACAUUGAAAGCGACUUCACCGUGGAUCCGGCGGGUCUUCAGGGCCUGUUGGGAGGCGGUGGCGGCGGAUUUGGAGGCGCGUGUCGACGGUAG